UGUAUAUAACUCGUGAUCCUUAUCACAAGUUGUAAAACGAUCGCUCCUUAACAACUUCCGUUUCCUUUCUUUUUUUAAGCACAUCUUGUUUUUACGUCUUAAUUAAAAAUCAAAAUUUGUAUAUAUCUAUCUUGUGAGGCGUGUUAAAACCAUUACGGAUUAUUUUUAUUGGAACUUUUGAGUAUAUUCAGAAGAUAUAGAAUACGAUGUCAUCGAAAGAAAAUCUUUGCGAGGCAGAUUACACUGCAAAACAAUCAAAAGAUCUUAAUGACCAAGACAAAACAACAAAAACUGAAGACAAAGAAGAUAUUACGGAUGAAGUAUUUAACGAAGACAUACAAAAUGAUGAAAUAAUCACGGUAUCUACAGAAACCUCUUCUAUUCUACAAACUCCAACUGCUGACGCUGACGCGUUCGAAUUCUCUUCCAGUUUAGGAGUGUCCUUGAAAUCAGAUGAUACGGACUUUAUAGAAAUGAGAAAAGAUCUAAACACCGAUAAUGAUUCUGAAAUCGAAUGUGUUGCAUCCUUCAGAUUAGACUUUAAUGACGUUUCGAGAAUUUCCUGCGUUAGUCCGACAAAAGCUUGGAUAAAUAGUAGUAGUAAAAUAAGAUUGGUCGAUAUUGAAAAUUGUCAAGUACUAAGGUCAUAUAAAUCAGACGUUCCAGUCUGUUUCCUGAAUGCUUUGAACGAAACUAGUUUUCUUUUUUCAUCAGGCAAUGAAAUUUCUAAACUAAGUAUAAGUAACGACAAUACAAGCAAACUAGAAACAUUCCUUGACUUUUCUGCUGGAAACAAGAAAUCAGUACAGCGCAGAUUAAAUGUAUUUACAGUUUCUCCAUCCGGGGACUUGAUCGUUUGUCUUACCCAGAAAUGGACAUGUGCCUGCUUUUCUUCAAUAGCUUCCCUUAUUGAAAGAUAUGACAAUGAGGCAAAAUUAGUUCAAUCAGGCAAAAUUCAAAAUAAGGGAAAGAAAUUAAUUUGUGAUGCCUCCUCUUUAAUAGUAAAUAGUAAUGGUAACAUUUGUAUUGCAGGAGAAAAGGCCCAGCAAAAAGGGGAAUACUGGGUUAUUGUUCUUGAUUCAAAUUUCCACUUUCGGUUUUCUUACGACAGGAAUACAACCUCUCAGAUACAUAAUCCAUCAUCGCUAGCUACAGAUUUGAAAAAUAAUGUUCUGAUUGUGAACACCUUUAGAGAUAGGACCAAAAGAAAGGUAACAGUUGAAAUGGCUAAAAAGAAGAAAGAACUGACAUAUGUCGCGAUCAUUGAUGAGAAUGGUAUUUUCCGACUUCAUUUACCAACUGAUGCAUUUCAUUCGGAUGGACCAGUAAGAUUCAUAACAAUUGAUAAUGAGAGUAAGGCUUGGAUGAUAACGGAUGCAGGACAAAUAAUUGUUGCAACUUUUAAGGAUUUAUCCAAAAGGGUUGAACCAAGUCAAGAUGGAAAAUGAAAUUUGAAUACUAACAAUCGUUAACGAAAACAAUGAGUAACAGGGGCAUUCUAUUUAACUAAAAUUUGAAAAAUGUGAUUGUUUUCCCUGUAUCUUUUGUAAUAAAAUACUGUCCCGAUCUCUCAAGGUCUCUUCAA